AUGGCUUCUACGGCAUCUACGGUAAAAGCCUACAAGGGCUCUUCAGACCAGCAAGAUGUUGGACGAAAGUCUUCCACUCCAGGUCAUACGCGACGUUCCAGCCUGGAGGGUACUGGCUUCGAAUCCUCGUCAGCAAGCCUUGAUUCACCACCCUCGCCCAUCGAACAAUCAUUCACUUACCUAGGCGUCUCGACUGCCGAGUCACCGCUGCCACCGCUGCCAAACCCUUCACCUGCUCUCUCACUUGUCAUCAACAAGAUCAAUAAUCUUCAUACCUGCCCUCUAGAUUGGUCGGAAUACAACUUGAGUGAACAGGAUUUCGAAGAACUGCAGUUACGUGAACAGAGAAACGAAUUCGGCGAUCGGCACCUGCGAUACGACUAUUCUCCAGCAAAUCGUACCUUCGCCCUUAGGAUGCCGAACGGCGCGCCACACGAGGUCUUGACCCGCGGGACUGAUAUCGAAGUCGCCUUAGCCCUUGCCCAAAUACCUUCGCAAACUGGCAUUUCGUCGACAGCCGCCGAAUUUGUGAAAGGGCUCUGCAAUAGAGGUUCCACCACUAUUUGGUAUCCGGAUCCCUUUUCAGCGGUGGAGGAGAAUAAGAAGAACAUCGAGCGUGCACCAGAUGGCUCGUGGGGUCAAUUGCCCAUGAUAAAUGUCUAUCCAGCCUGCAUCUUUGAAGUUGCAAACUCCCAGACUACGAAGUGUUUAGAGAAUCUGGCCAGAGAAUACAUUUUUGGUACACGAGGAGCCGUCCGGACCGUGGUUGGCUUUGACUUGGGUUAUCGGACCAAGAAAGGAGCUAAGAUGUCGACAUGGAGAGUAAAACUAAACAGCGAAGGAAGUCUCAUUGGAAUCACCCGCGAGAUCAUGGUGGUGUGCAACAAGGAUGGACAGAGAAACCAGGACCCGGAAGCCGGUCUGCGUCUCUCGCUGGAAGAUUUCGCUUUUUCGAGACCAGCUGGCACCUUGGACGGCCUUGAGAAAAUCUCUAUCUUCAUCCCAGUCAGCCGUCUCUGCGACAUACUUGAGCAGGGUGGGGAAAGUCGUGGCAUAACGAGAGCUGCUUUCCCACCCCCGGUAUUGCCCCACCCGGCGAGGUCAUCCCGUCGAUACAAUCUCAGAUCGAGGAAUUGA